UUUAAUCUCAGUGUUUCAUCUGCUGAUAAAAGGAGAUAUUAAUUGCUGGUUGGAGCUCCUCGGGAAAAGGCCUUUCCAUCCCAACAAGCCAACAGAACAGGAGGGUUGUACAGCUGUGACAUCGCAUCUCCAAAUACACGCUGCACACGGGUCAUAUUUGAUGAGGAGACUGACCCAAAGAUGGAGAGUAAAGAAGACCAGUGGAUGGGUGUAACUGUCCAAAGUCAGGGGCCAGGAGGAAAUGUGGUGACAUGUGCACAUCGCUAUGAGAAAAGGCAGUAUGUAAACACAGUGCAGGAAACCCGGGAUAUCAUUGGAAGGUGCUAUGUCCUGAGCCAGGAUCUCACUAUUAAGGAUGAUAUGGAUAACGGCGUAUGGAGUUUUUGUGAUGGUCGUUUAAGAGGCCAUGAGAAGUUUGGUUCCUGUCAGCAAGGUGUUGCUGCUACUUUUACUAGAGACUAUCACUAUAUUGUGUUUGGUGCCCCAGGCACUUACAAUUGGAAAGGGGUGGUUCGUGCAGAGCAAAAGAAUCAGACAUUUUAUGAUCUGGGUAUCUUUGAUGAUGGGCCUUACGAAGUUGGUGAUGAGAGCCGCCAAGAUAAGAAUCUAGUUCCAGUUCCAGCUAACAGUUACUUAGGUUUCUCUUUGGACUCUGGUAAAGGAAUUGUCUCCCAAGAUGAGAUGACUUUUGUGUCUGGUGCCCCAAGAGCCAACCACAGCGGAGCAGUGGUUUUACUGAAAAAAGAGAAAAAUCAGCGAGCACUUUCACUUGAGCACAUGUUUGAAGGAGAAGGGCUGGCCUCUUCUUUUGGCUAUGAUGUUGCUGUUGUGGAUCUCAACAGUGACGGAUGGCAAGACAUUGUUGUUGGAGCCCCGCAGUAUUUUGACAGAAGUGGAGAUAUUGGUGGUGCUGUGUACAUCUACAUUAACCAACAAGGCAAAUGGGAAGGAGUAAAACCUGUUCGCUUAAAUGGAACCACUGACUCCAUGUUUGGUCUCGCAGUUGAAAAUGUUGGGGACAUUAAUCAGGAUGGAUAUCCAGAUAUUGCAGUAGGGGCUCCAUACGAUGGUUUUGGCAAAGUAUACAUUUAUCAUGGAUCCAAGAAUGGAAUAAAUACAAACCCAGCACAGAUUCUUGAUGGUGAAAAAACAGGCACCGAUUUCUUUGGUUACUCUAUUGCUGGAAACAUGGACCUGGAUAAAAAUUCCUACCCUGAUAUUGCUGUUGGUUCCCUGUCAGAUUCUGUAUCUGUGUUCAGAUCUCGGCCUGUGGUAAGCAUUAGAAGAAGCAUUACAGUACAACCUGACAGAAUUGAUCUGAAGAAAAAGAACCCUGAGGACCCUAGUGAAAUAUGGAUGGAUGUGAAAGCAUGUUUUCAAUAUACUGCAAACCCCAGUGACUUAAAUCCAAGAAUAAAGAUCAACUAUACAUUUGAAGCAGAAAAUGAGAGGAGGCAGUUAGGCCUGCCAUCGAGGGUACGGUUUAAAGACCACCUGUCUGAUCAGUUUACUGCAAGUACAACCCUAAGGGGGCAGAACUCAAAAGAGUGUGUGACAACCAAGCUUGUAUUGCAGGAAAAAAUUAAAGAUAAGCUACGCCCCAUUCCAAUAUCAGUCAGUGUUAAAAUUGCUGGCCUGGAGUCUAGCUCACCAUCGACAAGAAAAGAGAGAGCACUUCCGGAUCUUAUACCAAUUCUAAAUUCAAAUGAAUCUGAAACAAAGACCACAAAAGUGGAGUUCUUAAAGGAAGGAUGUGGAGAAGACAAUGAAUGUCACAGCAAUCUGAAACUUCAGUACCGGUUUUGCACUAGAGAAGGAAAUGAAGACAGGUUUACUUAUUUACCAAUUGAAAACGGCAUGCCAGUGCUUGUUCUGAAAGAUCAGAAAGAUAUUGCCCUGGAAAUAACAGUGACAAACAAUCCAUCUGAUGCAAAAAAUCCACAAAAAGAUGGUGAAGAUGCAUAUGAAGCUAAACUAAUUGCAACUUUUCCAGACAGUCUGACGUAUUCUGCAUUCAGGGAGAUGAGGGGUUAUCCUGAAAAACAGCUAACAUGUGGUGCUAACCAAAACGGUUCUCAAGCAGAGUGUGAACUUGGAAAUCCUUUCAAAAGAAAUUCCAACGUAACCUUUUACCUGAUCUUAAGUACCACUAAAGUUAAUGUUGAUACAACAGACUUGGACAUUAAUCUGAAGUUGGAAACAACAAGCUCUCAAGUUAAUUCGACUCCAAUUACAGCUAGUGCUAAAGUGGUUCUUGAAUUGCUUUUAUCACUCACUGGAGUUGCUAAGCCUUCUCAGGUGUAUUUUGGAGGUAACAUCAUUGGUGAGAGUGCUAUGAAAUCUGAAGAUAAUAUUGGAAACCUCAUAGAGUAUGAAUUCAGAGUAACUAACUUGGGCAGACCACUGAAAACAUUUGGUACUGCUUCCCUGGACAUACAGUGGCCGAAAGAAAUUAGUAAUGGCAAAUGGCUGCUUUAUUUGAUGAAAAUAGAUUCCAAAGGCUUGGAAAAAGUCUCCUGUCAACCCGAGAAUGAAAUCAAUAGUUUGCAUGUUGCG